UAACCGUCUGCCAUCAUCAGCAGGGGUCCCUCAGGACUCGCCCAGCUUCCUGCUCCCGGUUUCGGUCCCGAAUUUAAUCACUGACAACGAUUGUCGCUAUUCAGCAAGAAACGUAGUGAAAACGCUCACGACUGUCGUAGUCGGAAAGAGAUAUGAGAGACCGUUCUCAUCAUUACCGAGAUCAUCACGGACACGCCAUGCCCCUCGAGGAGGUUCAAGGACUGUUACUUCCACCCUCCAGAACAGGUAACCGGGGACCUCUGAAUGUGACGAUUGUACAGGUCGGCAGAGGAAAUGGAGGCGGUGGAGAUGGCGGAAGUGAUUUACUGAGAUUGGAACCGCCGUCGGAUUUAAGACCGGUUCCGUCGCCCUUAUCUGACACCAGUACCACCUUGCAGUCUGACAACAAUGACACCUUGGCCGGAGGUGUCGACCCAAGAUUAUUACUGGGAACCGGUGGUGAUCGCAAUACCUGGGAAGGUCGCUAUCAUGUGAAGGAACAUCGACGUGCUGGAAAAGCUACUUUCCAAGGUCAAGUUUACAACUUCCUGGAACGUCCCACCGGCUGGAAGUGCUUCCUGUACCACUUCUCUGUGUAAGUAACGACGAUAUUCGAUAUAUGCAUGCGAUUUUUGGCACGGCUUUCUAGUAGAACACGUAAUAACACAUUAUUCGCGUCCUUGAGAUAUACAAUAAUAUGUAUCAAGGGGCGAAAUAUUCAUAAUGAAUCCAUAUCCGAAAUGGCGUUGGUAUUCUUCAUUUCUCGCUUAAUAAUAAACAUUAUGUUAUUCGUUUACCGGAUGUC